AUGGCCCAAACGGGUGAAUCUGAAAUGGCAAGGCGACCACAUGAGGACCUACUUGUUCCUGUUCUUACUUCUCAUGAGACUGUACAGUCCAAGCCUGUAAAAGAACAAGCUUCAACCAUGGACACCAAAGUUAAUGAAGGAUCAACUUCUGAAGUUGCUAAUACCUCAGAGGUAUGCGAAAGCUUUCGCAAUCUUCCUCAACAUCUAAAGAGAUGUGUUGUCUACACUUGGGUUCUAUUUGUAGAUCAUGAAUUUGAGGAGGAUACAUUGAUUCAGUUAUGGAUUGCCGCUGACAUUGUAAAAGUGGAGGGACAAGAGAAACUACUUGUGGAGACAGGUCGAUUUUAUUUCAAAGAACUGAAAGACCGUUCUAUUUUUCAGCCCUAUAUUGUUUGUGAAAGUUUUGAGUCAACAUACAGAUUUCAUGAGGAUGUCUACGAACUAGUAGAACAAUGCUGUGAAAAUGAAUAUGCUAAUGAAUAUGCUGUGAUGAAGGAAGAUGAAUCAAACAAGAAGAUACCUCCACUGACUUUGCAUUCCGUAUUUUUGAUUGGUGACAAAAUUGGCGACUUUGACACGAAAAUAUUUGAAAGCAGGAUUGAGGAAGCAAAGUCGUUACUCACACUUAAAUUGCAGAAUGAGUGUGGAACCCCGAUAAUAAAGUACAUUUCUCACAAUUUGUUUGAGAAAUUGACAGACUUACGCGUUUUGGAUUUGAGCUUUACAGGAAUCAAGGAGUUACCAACCUCUGUUUGCAAGUUGAGAAAUUUACGAUACCUUGAUGUGUCCAGAACCCGAAUCAAAAAGUUGCCAGAAUCAGUGAGUGAGUUGUGUGAUCUAGAAACAUUGAAGCUUAGAGAUUGCUUAGACCUGGUCGGGUUGCCCAAUGAAAUGAAUAAACUGAGUAAUCUUCAGUAUCUCGAUCUGGAUGGGGUGCAUCAAUUGACUUCCAUGCCUCCAAGCAUGCGGGAAUUAACUAAUGUACAUACACUGAGCACAUUCGUUGUGGGAAAAGAGGAAGGAUGUCAGAUCCAAGAGUUGAAAUACAUGAAGAAGCUUAGAGGAUCACUUUGCAUAAGAAACAUGGAGAAUGUUACCGAAGACCAGGCUAAGAAAGCUCGAUUUAGUGAUGAGGUUCAAAUUCGCAAACUGGAGUUCCAAUGGAGUUUGUCAGAGAGUGAAGGUGAUAUGGAAUUUAAUUUUAUUGAGCCUAAUUCCUCAAUCGAACAGUUAAAGAUAACACGGUAUGGCGCUGAAAGUUUUCCACAUUGCUAUUGGGAAAGAUUCCGCUCACUUGCAUUUAUCCACCUAAGAUACUGCAAUUGCGCCGAGCUUCCAAGCCUUGGAAGAAUCCCUAACCUCAAAUCAUUGUACAUACAUGAAAUGCAUUCAUUGAGAAAGAUGGAAAAUGAUAAAUUGAGUGGUUUCAUGAAAUUAGAAGUGCUAGAAAUCAAUGGAAUGCCUUGCUUGGAAGUAUGGACAGAAAUAAAGAGUUAUACCAUGCCUUUGCUUCGUGAGCUUACAAUCAUCGACUGCCCAAAGCUGGUCACUCUUCCAGAGUUCAAGAACCUCACAUCUCUUGAAAAUUUGAGAAUUAUACUUUGCCUGACAAUCCAAUUUUUUCCAGGUGAAAAUCUACCAAAUAGUCUUAAAUCAUUGACUAUUACGGAAUGUGCAACACUUGAAGAACAGUACCGAAAGAAAGAAGGCGAAUGGAUAAUAGCCAAGAUUCCUGAAAUCUGGAUUGGGUACCAACUGAUAUCUGGAACAGAAACUAGUCAACAGUCAACAGGUAAAUCUCAGAUCCAAUAG